AUGGCAACCCAACGACAGAAACAGCUUCACUUUGUGUUGAUACCCUUAAUGAUCCAAGGCCACCUUAUUCCCAUGGUAGACAUUGCCAGAUUACUUGCACAGAGUAAUGUGAUGGUCACCAUUGUCACUACUCCUCUCAAUGCCCUCCGCUUCGAUGCAAUCAUUUAUCGUGAUAUUCAAUCGGGCCUUCCAUUGCAUGUUGUGCAGCUUGAGUUUCCUCAUGCUCAGACUGGUUUACCGGAAGGAUGUGAAAGCAUAGACACUCUUCCCUCGCCUAAAUUCAUAACCAGUUUCAUGAAAGCUCUGAGCUUGCUUCAACACCCAUUUGAACAGCUUUUUCAAGAGCUCAAACCCACUCCAACCUGCAUUGUAUCCGACAGAGAUGUCCUGUGGGCUGCCGAGUCUGCCCGAAAGUUAAAAGUUCCAAGAAUUUCUUUUGACGGGGCGUGUUGUUUUGCUCGUUUGUGCUCUCAGAAUUUGCAAGCAUCCAAGGUCUAUGAAACCGUCUCUGAAACAGAGACCUUUGUGGUUCCUGGACUGCCUCAUCGUAUAGAACUCACUAGAGCACAAAUAUUUGGAGUUUUCAGCGAAGAUUCAAACCCACAUUUGGAAGACAUUAAAGAAAAAAUACAGGAAGCUGAAAAAGAAGCGUAUGGAGUGGUGGUUAAUAGCUUCGAGGAGUUGGAAGCAGAGUAUGUAGAAGGAUAUAAGAAGGUAACAAAGAGAAAAGUAUGGUGCAUUGGACCAGUGUCAUUGUGCAACAUGGACAACUUGGAGAAGGCUCAGAGAGGCAACAAGUACUAA